UAACUUCCGAAUUUCCAAAUUAAAGAUAGCCAUCCUAGAACAUUUAUUCCAAAGUCAAUUAUGCAGUCAAAAUAUUUAUAUUUGUUUGAUUCCCUAGAAGUUUUUAAACUAAAAGUCUUUCUAGACUAGUUUGUCCACCACUAUGAAGAGUUUCUAGACUAGUUGGCUCAACAUAUGAUUUUAUAGGAAUUUGAACUUGUAUCUUCAUUCUUAUGAAUAUCUAGCUUGUUCACUAGUAGAUUAACAUCUAUUCUAUUGUUCACCACUUAUUUUAUGAAUUGUGUUAGUUCCAAGAAGUCUUCAGUUUAGGUGGAAAAAUGAAUUAAACCAGGAGACAUAUUAUUGCAGAGUCCGGUGAUAACUAGACUAGUUUUAAAUGAAGAAUUCACAACUCAAUCUCAAUUCUCAAUCACCAUAAAAUUAAAGGUUUUGAGUUUAGGAAAGUCAUCACUUCGAACUAAAGCUCUUGCCAUUGUUCAUGAUUCAACCCAUGGCUGGAAAAUUUCCUCACCAGCCUCAGCUGAAGAAGCCAACUCACUUUUUCAAGAUCAUAAGUAGUCACAGCCUUCAUGAAGGAAAGCUAAUGAUCCCAAGAGCGUUUGUGGAGAAAUAUGAAGAAGGCUUACCAAAAACUAUGUUUCUUAAGCCUCCAAAUGGUAAAGAUUGGAAAUUAAAUUUGGUGAAACUUGAUGGUAACAUGUGGUUUCAAAAGGGUUGGAAAGAAUUUGCAGAGCAUCAUUCUCUAGCUCAUGGACAUCUUCUGGUUUUCAAAUACCAGAGAACUUCCCAUUUUCAAGUACAAAUCUUUGACAUGAGUGCCUUAGAGAUAAACUACAAUUUCAAAAGAGUAGAAGGUAAAAGGGCCUCUAAUAGUGAAGGAAAUAAACCUCCAAAUGAUGAAAGUUCAGAAGAUUACAGAGCAGGUCAAAAGAGAAAAGCUAACUUGGCAUUUGAUUUUUUUCAACCAUGUAAAUUAGAAACUGGGAGAGAUGAUAAAGUUCGAAAUGACUUGAAAUUUCAAAAGGUGGCUUUGGAUCACACGAACAAAAAGUGCAAAGGAAAACAAAUUCUUACUGCUAAGCAAGCUACAGCUCUCGACAGAGCAAAUUCUUUCAAAACUUGUAAACCAUUCUUCAUGGCUUUCAUGCACCCGUCAUAUUUCUAUUGUAAUCUGAGUAUACCAGCCAAGUUUGGAAAGAAACACUUAGAUUUGGGCCAGAACGUGGGUGAUAUCCAACUUAGGGUGUUAAAUGGGAGAUUUUGGCCUGCAAGGUACAUAAUCAGGGAAAACGGUGAAAGAAAAAGAUUUGAUCUCUCAUAUUCAGGAUGGAAGGCAUUUUCUAAGGACAAUAAGUUGAAAGUAGGUGAUGUUUGUGUCUUUGAGCUCAUUCAUGGGACUAAACUUACCUUUCUGGUUCACAUCUUUCGAGAGUCAGAAAAUUCAAAUUGUCCAACAUCUCAAGAAUACUCAAAUAAAGCAUCUAUUGUAUUCAAGGACAGGGAAAGGAAAUGAAAAUCAUCACUACCACCAAAUAGUUUCAAUUCUAUUGUAUGAAGCAUAACUUCGGAUCCAGUGAGUGUUUCUGGAAUACUGCUAAC